GCUUCCGGGCGGACGGGAGGCGAGCGCCAGCAGCCGCGGGGUCGCCACUGCGGUAAGCGUCUCCGUGCCGGCGGCUCGCAGCGCCGGGACUGCGCUUCGUUACCCUCUGGCGCGGAAAUCUUCUGUCUCGGCUUGGAUGAAGUCAGGAAGAAAAAACCCUGCCCUGUUUGCCUGGCUGCAUCAGAGUUACCCGUCUGUGUGCAGCACACUCAGUACUUUCCAGUAACAGCAAACAGAAAUUAUAUGCUGUAAACCAGCAGGACUUCUUUUCUCUGAAGAGAGGUGUCCUCAUUUUGGAUGAAUAGUCUCACAGUCUAAGAGAUUGAUUUAUAUGAAAAAAUAUUUUACCACUUUGUGUUUUGAUAAGAGGCAGAAAGUGCUCAUAGAACAAGCAUUUUGAAACUAAAGCUUAGACAGCUUACAGCCCUUGGGCUUUUAUAAUAAACAUCCCCAUGCAAACUGUAUUUUGCAUUUAAUAACUUUGUCAGAUACAGUGAGCUAAUACUUGUGAUGGCGCUCUUUUCUCCGAUUAGUCAACAAGUUUUUCACGCUUUGCUGUGGAAAUAUCGUAUAUUUCGUCCUGUUUCAAGAUGGCAACAACUGUUAACUGUCACUUUUAGCAUCCCCCAUAGGGAAAAGGUUAGCUAUUUCACUUUUAUGACAUAUUCCAGCACUGCAUUACCAGUGGAUCACAAAGGACCUGAUGUCCUUCCUACCAAGAAGAGGUCUGAAAUUGAUUAUGAAGAAGUAUGGGAUGAAGAGAUUAAAGAAGUAUCUGAAGGGAAAUUCCGCUUUUCUUCCUCUGUUGGAGCUUCAAAGAAGCAGUUAAUAAGUCAAGUACCGUUAAGGCACAAGUUUACCAAUAUACAGCCUCCAGAAAAGCCUUUGCGGGCUGAAGAAUGGAACAGACUGAAGGAAGGCUUUCGAACACCUGAAGUAUUUGAAGAAGCAAUGUUUAACAGUAUGAUCAGGUGCAACAGCCCCAUUGAUGUAGCUAAGUCCUUGCUGACGCAUGUGGCAAAGAGUAAUGGUGACGUUGCAUAUACUUUGUUGGUCAAAUAUCUGGCAUUGUGUGUGCAGCAGGGGCAGACUUCAGAAAUUCUUGAUGUGUAUGAUAUAAUGAAAGUAAGAUUUAGGAUUUUAGAAAGUGGGGCUUACAACCUUCUUAUCAAGGGGCUGAGUAAUUCAGAUCGAUGGAGAACGGCCUUGACUCUUUUGGAAGAAAUAAAAGAGAUUAUGGUUCCUUCACGGACAAACUAUGAAUCCUGUAUCAAAGCACUCAGCCGUCACCAAGAGAUGGACCACGCAUUUAAACUUUACCAUGAAAUGUUGGCUAGGGAUUUAGUCCCAACCUUGGAUGUCCUGCAGGUCUUUUUUGACUUCAACAGGGGUAUGAAAGAUGCUGAGUUACAAAAAGAGCUGUUUGAUAUCCUCUUAUAUUUGAGAGACAACCAAAUAUACCCUCACAAAACAUUUAUGCAGAGUAUAAAGCUGUGGUUUGAAAGUAUUCCAGGAGGGAACUGGACAGGACACUUGACCAACAUUAAAGACAGUGGACAGUGCCCAGUUUGCAACCAUCAGUUGGAGGAUAGUGACCUCACUGAAGAGGAAUAUAACAAUCUCAGUGAAAAAAUUAUAAGGGACGUGAUACAUGGAACCGACACUUUUAGAAAGACAAGUCCACAGGAAUUUGAAGCCUUUCAAGCAUUUGUGGAAAGUCGACCUCCAUUUGAUAUUGUUAUUGAUGGACUCAAUGUUUCCCAUAUGAAACCCAGAAGGAUGCACUGCGAAAAUCUACUUAAUGCUAUCAACUGCUUGGCAAAAGAGAAUCUCCGCUUGCUUGUGCUGGGCCGCAAGCACAUGCUGGUUAACUCUUCAAAUUGGAAAAGAGAAAUUAUGAAGGAGAUGCAGAGUAAGGCAGACUUCUUCUUUGCUGAAAAUAUCUCUGAAGACGAUCCCUUCUUGUUAUACGCCACUCUUCGAUCAGGCAAGCAUUGCAAGUUUGUUACUAGAGACUUCCUGCGGGAUCACAAGGCUUGUCUUUCCGAUAGUCUGACACGGCACCUGUUCCGCAAGUGGCAACGUGGACACCAAAUAGUGUUCUCCCAUUCUGUAGAAGGAAAUCAUAUCAAUUUUUUGCCUGCUCUCCGUUAUGACUGUGUGGUGCAGACUACAGGUGAUACGUGGCAUAUCCCAUAUAAAGACACUUUUGAGGAAAAAUAUUCAUUUCAAGUACCAAGAAAAUGGCUCUGCAUUCAACAGAAAAAAUGAAGAAUGGAAUUGCACAAGCUGAAGCUAUUUUGUUUGGGUUUUUCUAACCCCCGUUGCUGACUAGGAGAGCUCAGCAGUACAAUUAUGGGAUUAAUGUUUGAGGCCUAUAACGAAAGAAAAUUUAGUAGCUGCAUUUUGUCAGAAUCAUUGCUGCAAGUAAAUCUGUUCACAUUGAUGGUGGUCUGGCAUGGAUGAACUAGGUCAAUUUUUUUCCAUCUUUACAGGUGAUUUCUGUAGCCUCUCAAUGUGAUUGGAAUUAAAACUUGUUUUUUUCCUCUUGGAA